AUGGAGACGCGCCAUCACGCAUCUUUAGCUCGGUCCGCGCUUAAGUGUGUUGUCAAAUUUAAGAUAACAUGAUCCUGAAAAGAUCGACAGGAAGGAGUCAGUGAUCACAUGAAGUUACAUCACCCCGUACCACUAACCAAUCAAUCCCAGAAGAGAGGAGGUAAAACAAUGCCAGACUCCGCCCUGCAACCGCAACUUCCACCAAUCCCGUCUUUAAACUGUUCCUCGGGCCAAUCAAAUUGCUCCCUCCCUGACGACGAAUGCUACAGCUACUCUUUGUUCGUUGUCAUGGCGGUUGCCUACAGCGCUGUGGUACUGUUAGGUGUUGUGGGCAACUUGGCUCUCAUCCUUGUCAUCGCACGGCAACGCGAACUUCACAAUGUAACAAACGUCCUUAUUGCAAACCUCUCCGUUUCUGACUUGCUGAUUUCCGUGGUGUCUCUACCGUUCACAUUCAUUUACACCUUCAUGGACCACUGGGUGUUUGGGGCAGUCAUGUGUAAACUUAACAAUCUGGUCCAGUGCUGCUCCAUCUCAGUGUCCAUCUUUACUUUGGUUCUGAUCGCCAUUGAGAGACACCAGCUCAUUCUGCACCCUCGUGGAUGGAGACCCAGCCUGAACCACGCCUGCCUGGGCAUCGGCCUCACGUGGGGACUGGCCAUCCUCACUGCCACGCCCUUUUUGAUGUUCACCAAGGCGACAGAUGAUCCAUUGAAGCAGCUGCCGCCAGUGUUUCAGGAGCAGUACAGGGGAAAGGUGCUGUGUGUGGAGGAAUGGCCAUCUAGAGAAUUUCAACUCACAUACACUACAGCCAUGCUGGUUCUGCAGUACAUCACUCCUCUCACAUUCAUCUUCAUCUGUUACCUGAAGAUCUACAGCCGCCUGCAGCAGCGGAAUAACAUGAUGGACAGAAUGCGUGAAAACAAAUACCGCAGCAUCGAGAAUAAGCGGAUAAAUAUCAUGCUGUUUUCCAUCGUCGUGGCAUUUGCUGUUUGCUGGCUCCCGUUGUAUGUCUUCAACGCCAUUACUGACUGGAACCAUGAAAUUGCUAUGAACUGCACGCACAAUCUGAUGUUCUCGCUGUGUCACUUGACCGCAAUGUGCUCGGUCUGCAUAAACCCUGUGUUCUACGGCUUCCUGAACCGCAACUUCCAGCGUGAUCUACGGGCCUUCCGAAUCUGCAAGAUGGGGUCAGCACCGGAGAACGAAUAUGACAUGGUUGCCAUGUCCACAAUACAUACGGAUGUGUCCAGGAUGUCACUGAAAAUCAGUAGCCUGGAUUUCUAGUAGGUUUAAAACUGACACAGUGGUUCUGGAAAAUGAGAAUGGGAAAUGUUUCAGAUUUGUUUUAUAAAGAAAAGUGUGCGUUUACAGUAAGAAGGAUUGUUCGUUUCUUGGCUGCAUUCCAAACAUAACAAUCGCUGUCAGCAUUGUUCAAGUCCUUUUUUACGACGUGUGUUCACCGAGGUCAUGGAUGCAAGUUGAGUAAAUUAUGUGCAACCAUCAAGAAAUGGCUAGUUUUGUAUUAGAGUAAUGUAUCAUAAAAUUGUACAUAGAAGGUCAGGAGAGAAUGCGGAGUUCAUUUCUUGCAAACAUCCAAUGUCUUGCGUCAAUGAUACGAAGACAAAAAAUCUGAGUUUUGAGAACAGCUGUAUUCACUGUUAGUUCACUUCAAUGAUGAGUAAAAAUAAAGAAAUGAAGAAGGUACAUUGAAAGCCCAAAAGUUCACUAAUUCGAAAAUGGAUUUAAAUACAAGCUUCAGAUGUGUUUUUCCCUACAGGGGAGACUCUAAGCCAGACCAUUUUCAUGUUCUGAAUUAGAUUUGUUUUUUGUGUUGAGUUGUUGAAACCAAACUGAAUUGAUUUUUUUUACACUUAAAAUUGAAUGAAACGGUGCACAGAAGAUCUCGAAUUUGAGAAAAUUUAAGUUUGUGUUAUACUUUGAAAGCAUUUAUUGCAUGAUUUCAUUUUUGUUUAGGUUUUGUGGUGUGUAACACAGUUCUGUUGCUGGACCUGAGAUCACACUUUCAUUUAUUUAGAAGACACUUUUAUAAAAAGCAAUUCACAAAUGAAUCUUGAAUUGCUGCAAUAAAAACUGCAUGACCUAAGGCUGACCUAGAGAUGAAAGUAAGGACAGAGUUUUCUUUCUUCGUAAAAUCACAGAAAUAUGCACAAGAGAUUUGCUUGUAUGUCUCUUUGAAAUUGCAAGGAAUCCUGCUUUUCAGGUGGUUUGAAAAGAUCACUCCACCAGUGAAGAACAGGGAAAGUUCAGGAGGGGUUGCAGUGAUCCGAGAACAAGAAGCUAGAUCGGGAGUCGUGGUAUGCUUGGAUUGGAAAGGUUUGAUGUUUUAUGACCCGGGGCGACUGUGUGUGUGACACUGCUCUCCUUCAUAACACAAUUGAAGAUGUAGACGGACACAUCAGAAUGAGGACAAAUCAUCAUAAGGCAGCUUUUGUGCGUUUGAAUACAUGUCACCCACUCCAUAUUAGACACAGACAACAAGUAGAAUGUGUGAAUAGUUUUACUUAUGUCUGCAUUUAUAAUGCAUAAAGAAUGUAGUUACUUGAAUAUAGUUUGUUAUAAAGACAGCUGUUAGGUACUAUUGCUGAUUGACAAACUAUCAAUGUAUUUUUUUAAUUUUUUCAUUCAUGAUUUUGACAAUGGUUUUGUUGAUGUGGUGUAAUGCCUUUGUGGUUUGUUUUAUGGUCACCGUGGUCACUGAACUCUGAAAUGAAACUGUAGUAGCACCUUAUUUUGUCCCAACUUGUACUUGUACUUGUCUUACGACCAUUCUGAAGAACUGAAGUGUUAUUUAUAAAAGGGUUCAUUGAUGUUACUCGGGGUGUCACCGUUUUAAAGAAUGUUAUUUGAAACUUAUGUGGAAACAGGUUUGUCCGAAAACAAUAAAUGUAAAUGAUUAAUUAAAUAAUUGUAGUUUUUAUUCUAAUUAUUCAAAAUUAUUCUUUUUAAUUUUAAUUUGAGUAUAUGCAAAGGUCAAAAGAGUUUAGGGUGGGGUACAGAUAUUUUUAUGUGUUAAAAGACAAGCAAAAAAAAUAAUUUCAUUAAAUAGUUUAUACAACAUACAGUAGGUUUCAUAAGAAAAAUGGAAUUUGUUCAAAUAAUGUUUCAGUCAUGUUACACCAAGUGUGAACGGGUCUGUUUGCGCUAUAGAUUGCCAUGUGUUGUUGUUUGGAUUUGCUAACAUCAAUUUACUCCUACACUAAUAAAAAAGCUACAAGUUUGAUAUGAAACAGACACAGAUUUCGAAGCAAUGUGUGGUAGAGACCACUUUAUGUUUUGUUUAAAGAACAUCUUUACGACUCAAACAACAUUUCCAUACAUGGAACAAACCACAGUACUGUGAAAAUUAAUCAGGAUUUCCUUUAAAAAAAUGCUGGGGGUUUUCCAAACAAUGGCAUGAAUAGAUGCUUUUUGCCCGCUGUUUUUGGUAAUUCCAUAGUGACUCAUGAAUUGUGAAUCAAAUCUCUGAAUCAGAUCUCUGUGUUUUGUAGGAUCCCUUCAUAAAAUAAUUUGAUUUGAUCAUUAUAGGACAUAUAACAGCAAAGAAUGUUUGGAAAUCUAUUGAACUUUCAUACUAUACAUUUAAGUAUAAGAUAUAAAUAAACAGUUUGAUGCAUCUAAUGUGCCUAAGAAUUUUGUACAGUGAGUGAUGUACAUAACUAUGCGUGUUUAACAUGUUUCAUUUUAUUUUCCAGAAUAUUUUUGUUAUUUUGCAUGAUUUUUUUGCAAUUGCAAACUGCUAAGCCGUUUUGAUUCUAGAGUUCAAUACGAACAAGAUGACACAGUUUCCUGAUACAAACAAGUAUGCAAAAUACACUCUCGUUGACUUUCAGAGUGAGAGCUCCCGAUGAGAGACAAAAAUGUGGUAACAAAAACAACACCGUAAAUACAUGCAAAAGAUUUAUGUUUUUAUUUGGAAGUGCAUGAAUGUUGACUCUUGGAAACAGAGAUGACAUUCAAGAGGGAAUAGUGGGCUGGGAAAACACAGAAGAAAAGUAAUAAAAUAUGUAUUUUCAGAACGUGCUGUUCUCAUUCUGAAUAUUCAAACAGCCUUUUAUCCAUAUACUUGUAAUGUUUGAAUGUUUGGAAAGAAAUAAUAUGUUUAUAUAUGUUUUUCUACAUUAAUGGUGCAUUUUACUGUCAGUUUGGAGAUCCUACAGUGAUAUGUCCUAAUGUUAAUAUUGUUCCU